CUGAAGACGCUGAAGGAGGCAGAGUGUCGCUGGUACGUGAGCAAAGUAUCGGGGCACUUGGGUGAAGGAGGCAGACGAGCACCAUGGCGAAGUUUUACGACCUCACGGCCAAACUACUAACAGGGGAAACACUUAAUUUUUCCUCCCUGCAGGGGAAAGUUGUCCUCAUUGAGAAUGUGGCGUCUCUCUGAGGUACGACCACCAGGGACUACACCCAGAUGAACGAGCUCCACGAGCGGUACGCCGGCAAGGGGCUCGUUAUCCUGGGAGUGCCCUGCAACCAGUUCGGCCACCAGGAGAACUGCAAGAAUGAUGAAAUCCUCAUGUCCCUGAAGUACAUCCGUCCUGGAAAUGGCUUUGAGCCAAAGUUCCAGCUCCUGGAGAAGGUAGACAUUAACGGAAAGGAUGCCCAUCCCCUGUUUGUGUUCCUGAGGGAAAAGCUCCCGUUCCCCAGCGACGAGCCAUCCGCCCUGAUGACUGACCCCAAGCUGAUCAUCUGGAGCCCGGUCUGCAGGAACGACGUGGCCUGGAACUUCGAGAAGUUCCUCAUUGGGCCGGACGGAGUUCCCUUCAAGCGUUACAGCAGGAAGUUCCUCACCAGCGACAUCGACGGAGACAUUAAGAAGCUCCUCGAGAAGGCAAACUGAAGGCCCGUCAGCUCACUUUUUCCGUCCAAAACAGUCUGACAAGAUGUGCUCACCUGUACACAAUCUGCUCUGUUCUGUUCUUUUACUAUAUGAAGACAUCCUCUGAAACCAAGCUAGUUGUGAGGAGGGUAUCUGAUCAAAUGUAAAAGGCUGAAUGUUUUCAGCUGCAUUGGGUGCAUGUCAAGCACAGCUGUGGUGUGAUGUAUUAACCAGACCAAUAAAUGUAUUUUUCAAACAGUU